CCCCCCUCCCAGUCAGUGGUUCCGUGUUGUUUUUGGAAAUCUGCUGUCAACAGCAAUUAAACUGGGCUGCGGAACAUUCCAGAAGAUGGGAAGUGUUGUCUGCAGUGCGGAGAAUUGGUUGCUGUCUUACACAAAGAGACUGCAGAGCAGUGUACCGUGGUUUAAUCCAGCCUUCUGAAUUUCACACCCAGGGUCCCCAGGACAUGUCCACAAUGGUUUACCCACGCGAUGAGAAACUCAGUCAGGAGGAUAUCAUUUCCAACACCAAGGUGGUGAUGCAGGGCCUGGAGGCUCUGAAGAAUGAACAUAACUCCAUCCUGCACAGUCUGCUGGAGACCAUCAGCUGCCUGAAGAAGGAUGAGGAAGCCAAUCUGGUGCAUGAGAAAUCCAACCUCAUCAGGAAGUCCGUGGAGAUGAUCGAGCUGGGGCUCGGAGAGGCUCAGGAAGAAAAGGAAGGUGACUCUUCGAAGGAUUCACUGGAGGAUCUCUUUCCUGAGGAGGAAGAACACGUCAGUCACCCUCAUGGCAGCAGUGCUGUUGCAGCUGCUCAGCAGGGUGGCUAUGAGAUCCCAGCACGCCUGAGGACCCUGCACAACCUGGUGAUCCAGUACGCCUCUCAGGGACGCUAUGAGGUGGCAGUGCCCCUCUGCAAGCAGGCACUGGAGGAUCUGGAGAAGACUUCAGGCCAUGAUCACCCUGAUGUAGCGACCAUGCUCAACAUCCUGGCACUGGUGUACAGGGACCAGAAUAAAUACAAGGAGGCUGCCCAUCUGUUAAACGAUGCCCUGUCCAUCAGAGAGAAGACCUUGGGCAAGGACCACCCAGCUGUAGCAGCGACGCUGAAUAAUCUCGCCGUUCUGUACGGCAAGCGAGGCAAGUACAAAGAAGCAGAGCCUCUGUGUAAGAGAGCGUUGGAAAUCCGGGAGAAGGUCCUGGGCAAAGAUCACCCUGAUGUAGCCAAACAGCUGAAUAAUCUGGCGCUGCUGUGUCAGAACCAGGGCAAGUAUGAGGAAGUGGAGUACUAUUACAGACGUGCCCUGGAAAUCUAUGAGUCUCGGCUUGGACCUGAUGACCCAAAUGUGGCCAAGACCAAGAACAAUCUGGUAAGCUGUCAGGGUCAGACCGGUGAGAAUAAACCCAUCUGGAUGCAUGCUGAGGAACGUGAAGAGCUCAGCAAGUUUUUUGAAGAGGUUAUGAACAAAAUUGGAAAAGGAGAGCUGAUGGAUGUAGUAUACAUCGAUCUUCAGAAGGCUUUUGAUGAAGUUCUCCACAGGACACUGGUUAGAAACUUUAAAGCAAAUGGCACAGGAGACAAUGCACUGGCAUAG